CUCUCUCUCUCUCUCUCCCUCUCUGUCUCUCUCAAAGCACUGUCCGGAACUGACACACAGAUAUAUGUGUGUGUCUAAAUACAUACAUAUAUACAUAUACAUAUAUAUAUAUCCAUAUGAACCCGCAGAGAUAUUAGGAGGGGGAGAGAGAGAGAGCAGUGAUUUGUGUUUGCUCAGGUGAGAGAGGCCUGAGAGAGGCUUCAAUCUUGGUGUGGAUUGAUGUUCUCUGUGUUAAACUCCCCUUUCAUGAAGUUUCUCUCUCUGGGUAUCUCAAAUGACAACUCUGCAAGGGAAGUCCCAUCUUCAUGUAGAAGCAGACGGCGGCGGCCGGCCUUCCAACGCCGUGAGCGGCGGAGCGAAUGACAGCCGCAGCUCCACCUCCUCCGACUCUGACGGCCGGUCGUGGCACUCCACGGCCGGCGCUUCCUCGAGCUUGUCGGCGGCUGAGAUUGUGGGCGUAUCUGACAAGAGGGAGUCCUCUGCAUCGGAGUGUUCUGUGGAGGUGGAUCUGGAAUCUGGGGUCCCGGAUGUGAAGGUACAUUUGACCAAAGCCGAGAGGGAUUGUAGAAUUUGUCAUCUGAGCUUGGAUGCAAGCAAUCAAGAUUCUGGAAUAGCUAUUGAGCUGGGCUGCUCUUGUAAAGAUGAUUUAGCUUCUGCCCACAAACAUUGUGCUGAAGCUUGGUUCAAGAUUAAGGGCAACAAAGUCUGUGAGAUCUGUGGAUCGACUGCACGCAAUGUCGCUGGUCCAAGCGAGGCCGAGACGAUGGAGCAGUGGAACGAGUCAAAUGACGCGGCAUCUGUGGCAGCCGUGGCACCCGCCCCUACAACAGAGACCCGAAACUUCUGGCAGGGCCACCGGUUUCUUAACUUCUUGCUGGCUUGUAUGGUCUUCGCCUUUGUCAUCUCGUGGCUGUUUCACUUUAAUGUGCCCUCAUGAAAUCUGAUUGAAGGGGUUCUCAUGAAAUCUACGAUGAUGAUCGGAUGCUCUUCUUUGUGUUGUUGCUUCGAGUCCCAUCUGUUGGUAGAAUUAGUUCUCUAAGUGCCUGUUGUUUAUACUAGUAUCCGGAGAUUCAGCAGACUUGAAACAAGCAUUAGUAGGAGGUUUGGAUUGUCAACUCCCUCAAAAACAAAACUAA